AUGGCAACUGGACCAGCUCUAUCGCAGGAUCGAAAUACAUUCAUGACUUCGCUUCGGAGUUCGGGCGAUUGGGGUGAAUCGGCACGUCGACUCCGAUACUCUGCCUCCUCAGUCACAGGACAUUAUCUGACCUCAGACCUUCACAUGUUGUUUUCAUGUGCAGAACAGAACAUUCGCACACGCAGAACAUCUCGUCACUUGUGGUGGGUUGAAGUCAUCUCUCGUUUCGCAAAGAAAAGCAUCUCCAAGUUUCAUCUCGACUCGCCUAGAGACCUCACUCAAGUUCUUCCGUUUGCAAGUUUCACAACGAACCACGACAUCAAAAAAGUACUCUUGACGAUGAAGUUGUCUAGAUCUCACACCCCAUCUGCACUCCUGGUCAUGGACUCUAGCAUCGCGAUGGGACCACUUACAGAUGACGAGUCAGAAGACGAAAACAACCGAUACCAAGGUAGCAACGGACGCAACACGAUCGCACCAGACCGGGUCUCUCAACCAUCUGCAAAGAAGACGACCACGAAGGUUUGUUGGUUCUGGUAUCACAAGGGAUCGUGCGUCAAGAGCAACAGUGAAUGUAAGUUCCUCCACGAACUCGACCCGAGUCGCCAGCAGAUUCUUGCCUGGCACCCAUCCCAUCCUCAAGAAGGUUGCGGACUCGCCUUGUGUCCUAUGAAGGAUGGUCGCAAGAAGGUAGGUCCCAGCACAGCGUCGCAGACACUUCCGAAAUUCGAGCAGGGCAAUCAGAAACGUAAAUUCCAACCCCGACAUCCAGAUGCUCCUGCGCCUGAGAAAAAGGCCAAGAUGAUGGAUUACGACGAUGAGGGUACAGAAGAAGAGACUCCCAAGACAGAUGGCGCUGGUGCUACAUGUUUCUUCUGGUAUCACGGUAAUUGUGCCAGGGAUCCGUGCCCUCGCAAGCAUGAGCUUGUAGCAUCGAUGAUGGUCCAACCUCCUCCGGGAUAUGUUCACAAAAACGAGUGUUCCUUGGAGUGGUGUCCCGGCGAUGCCCCGAACAUUUCAAACACCAAGCUCGUGUCGGGUAAUGAGGGGAGCCGUGGUGGAGAAGGGUCUGAUUGGCACCUGGAAGGGUUUGAGUGA